AUGAGGUUCAAGUUGUUGGCGGUGAUUGCCAUCUGGCAAACUGGGUUUUCACUGGCUCAGUUAUACUGCCCGGAUUGUAAGACGCACGAGGGUUUGCUGGAAUGUCACCCGGGUCCUCAUUCAAUCUGCAAUGCAAACGAGGUUUGCCAGAUACACGCACACGAAGAUCCGCAUGGCAUUGCCAUGGAAACCGCUUGCCGACCAGCAGAGCAUUGUCACCGUGACGAGCUCCACGAUCCUAUUCGCUGUGCCCUGGGCCUUCCUGGUCCAGGACCUGGUUGCGUCUGGUGCUGUGAUGACGUCACCUGUGUCGACAAAUACCACUACCUCCUAUUCCCAGGCCAGUUCACCACCCAAAAGCCAACAACAGCUGCGUCAUUGACGACGCACGCUUCCAUGUCAACGGUGGCACCGGUGAUCGAGUCCAACUGCUAUCUGUGUGAGGGGGCCACAGCUGUGGCCGAAUGCCUGGCUCACCCCCAUGACUGUGAACUGACACAGGAGGUGUGCAUGGUUUUCUAUAAUAAAGGGCGGAUAACCUCGUUUUGCAGAUCCGAUGAGUUCUGCAGGUCCGUGGUCCAUGAUAACAACACGAUGGACUGCUACGAAGGGACCCUUUUGAACUCUGACGUGUGUGCUUUCUGCUGUGAGGCCCCGGGGUGCAUGGAGAAAGUGGUCAUUCCCAAACUGCCCAGUAACAUGCUUGAUAUGACGACCCCAACCUCUAUGCCCCUAACUACCCUACCAGCACUUCCGGUGUCCACUACCCCACAUCCUCUGGGGCCGGGCGGGGAGAUCAAUUGUCACGUGUGCGAAGACGCUCAUCACAUAGAUGACUGUCUGAGACAUCCGACAUAUUGCCAUCUGGACAGGAAUGAGAUUUGCAUGGUAGAGUACGAUCCGCAUGGUCACGUGCACUCGAGAUGUGAGCGAGAUCGACGCGUAUGUUUAGACCGAGAACUGAACAACCAUCUGUCGUGUUUGUUUGUUACGGAGCACCCAGAAGGUCCGCAUCAAGGACCCCCGGGCCCCCCUGGCCCCGAAGGCGCAUGCGUUUUUUGCUGUGAAACAACUGACUGUUUCCAUCAAUCCUUAGCGCCUGUGAUCAUUGGACGUUGAGAGUAAUCUCCCUUGUAUCUAUACGCGUUAUACUAAUAGUAUGAGAAUGCUGGGCUGGAUUCCAAUACACGUGAAUGAAAACGUGCACAUUUUUUUAUAAAUAUAUGAGCCAACCGUGUUGUACUUCUAACGAUUUCUGUACUAGAGAUAUUUAAAAGACUCUGGUUUAACACUGGAUAA